AUGGACUACAGCGCAUCCAUCCACGAGACCGACGAUCCGGUGGGAGCUUCACCCUGGGGCAACUCCCCAACCUCUUCGCCCAAGAGAAACCCGCCUCCCUUUGCCAGCCUGCCCAACGAGGGCUCCUCCUCGUCGUUUCCCUUCUCGUCGCAAGACUCCAAUGGUCUAGGCAGCCCAGCUCUCGGCGCCGACGGCUUCCAGCGGCCCGGAACUGCCACCACUGCCUCGGAGACUGAAGCCGAGACCGACCGCGAAACGGUUCAGGGCCAUGAAGAAUCUGAGGCUAGCCAGACGAUACAUUCCCAGCCCGCACCGCCCGCUCAACAGCAGCACCACCAACCGCAACAGCACUCUGGCUUCGCGCCCCAGGGGCACGAGGGUGAGCCCAAUCAAGGUCCCGCGCCGCCUUCCGAAGGACCGGUUCACAGACCGGUGCAACCUCAAUACAGACUACAAGCAAAGAUUACCGGUCUCGAGCGCACUGGCAAGAAAGACCCGCUCCUGCGAUUUGACGUCUAUACCAACCUUCCUCGAUUCCGUACCUCCCAAUAUCGCGAUGUUCGCCGCCUGCAUUCCGAGUUUGUAAAGCUCGCCGACCACCUCAUCUCCGCCAACCCCGAUGCCUUUGUGCCUGCCGUCCCCCCGGCCGUCACCUCGGCCGGCGCGGGAACCGACGAGGAUGAGACCCGGGUCAAGGCUCUGAUGCAAAGAUGGUUCAACUAUGUAUGCAGCAGCGAGACAUUGAUGAGAGACGACGAGAUGAUCCUUUUCGUCGAGUCGGACUUUGGCUACAGCCCACUGGUUAAGAUGAAGCAGCCUGCCACAGGUGUUCGCAGAAAGAUUCUCAAACAGUUUGCGCCGCCGCCUGACGAUACGCCCGAGCUCGCCGAUGCACGUCCUGCCGUCAAACUAUUUUAUCUUGGUACUAUGGACGCCGGACACAAGGUUGAUAAGCUGGUCAAGGCCAGGCGAGGUCUUGGCCUGGCCGAGUCUGAUUUUGGAGUCAAGCUCGGAGGUAUGCAUGUGCAAGAACCCCACCCUGGUUUGGCCAAUGCCUACAGAAAGCUGGGCAAGGUUAUCCAAAAUGUGGGAGAUUACCAUGCCGCGCAGGCUACCGCCGAGGCAUCCACUAUUGGCGACCCAUUUCAAUAUCACUCGCAAGAUGCCUUUAUUGUCAAGGAGACCUUGACAAACCGGCAAAUCCUCACCAGAGAAUUUAUCCAGGCUCAAGAAGCAACGAGGAGCAAGCUUAAUGCCGCUGACCGCCUUAAGACUAGCAGCAGCGUGCGCCGUGAAAAGGUUGAUGAGGCCAUUGCGGCUCUUGACGAUGCCCGCGAGACGGAAGCCUACCUAUACAACAAGACCCACAGGGUAACCCAGAAUCUUCUGCAGGAGCGCCGCAAGUGGUUCUCGCGGACAUCCAACGACCUGCGCCUGAGCAUCCGGGAGUUUGUUCUGCGCGAGAUUGAAGCCGAGCGACGCACGCUGUCCGUUUUGGAGAGCGUCCGCGCCGACAUUCGCGCCAUUGACUCGUCGGGCGGCCUCAGCCGACUGGGCCGCGAAGCCCACCCCGUGAUCCGCCGCACCAGCUUGGCCGCCAGCCAGGGCCCCAAGGGCGACGCGUGGAGCGGCGUGCCGCGCCGCGCGGACGCGUCGAACCGCAGCACCUCGUCGAGCUUCCUCGGCAAGCUCCCCGAGGACCACGAGACGGAUGACGCGCAGCAGGAUGCGGGCGGCGCGGCCGGACGGGCCAGCUUGGCGGGCUUGACGGAGGAAGAGGACGACGACCGCAUCGAUGCUAGGAACGCGGCGAGCCGCCUGGCCACGAGCACCUUUUAA